CUCGCUCUAAUUCAUCAUCGCAACCCAAAUACAAAGUCAAGACAGCCCCUGUGGCACCCUCUACCGCGCUGGGCGCGUCGGAUACAGAUACAGGCAUGCCCCCUGAAAUCGAUAGCUUGGACGAGCCAACGAAGAAGAGCGGAAAGGCGAAGCUGAAAGGGAAGCAGAAGAAGGGCGGCAAGAAACGAAAGUCCUCCCGUAAUACCUUCUUGGACUUUGUGGCGCGGAUCGUCUUCAUCUGGUUUACGGUCUACAGUCUGUCCGUUUGUCCACACGACUCGGACCUGGAGCGUCCAAUAUGCAAGGCCCUCUAUGAAUACCGCCGCCUCAUUCUCGAACCCUACGUCUUCCCCAGAGUCCAGGCGGCUCUCGCCCAUCCCGCCAUCGCGCCGCGCAUAGAACAAGCCAGACCCUACGUGGAGCAGGUAGCGGCAUUUGUAAAGCCCGUCGCCGUUCGCACACAGUACGAGUGGAGCCACCGGCUCGCCCCGCAGUGGGAUCAGCGCGUAGUUCCAUACUGGAGCAAGCACGUUACACCCCAGCUCAAACGCGCCGAAGAGAGGAUCGAACCGUGCUAUCAACGCGUGCAGCACGAAUACGCUCGGACCGUGGAACCGUACGUCCGGCUAGCUGCCUAUAACCUGAAUCGUUGGCAACACCAAGCGCAACCUUAUAUCGCCCUCACCGCGGCAAAGACCCAUGAAGGAUACGUCAAGGCAAAGCCAUACGCUAUCGUGGUCUGGGAACGCUUCAUCGCGCUCGUGUAUCACGCCCUAGCGCUAGCUGCCGAGCAACGUAAGCAAUAUGUUGACCCACAUAUUGCCCGUAUUUGGGCCCAGAUCAAGGAAUCGAGCAACGCGAACGCGAAAGGGGGCACUUUGGCUACGACGUCCCAGUUCCUGGAGGACGCCGUUACGUCCACAGCCCCGUGGACCUCGACAGAUGCUGCCGAGACUGCUCAGGUUAAGGAGACAUUAUCUCCCGCGGCCUCUGUAGUCUCUUCCGCCGCCACGGUGGCGUCCCGUUCGGCGUCUUCUAUCUUAGAGGGUGUAUCUUUGUCCCCAUCCGCGGAUCCUGCAAGCUCCUCGGUAUCUUCCCUCCUCUCCACAACUCUAUCCGAAGUGUCUUCCGUGGUAUCACCGACCGGUGCCUCGGCGGUGUCUGUUGUGGCAGAGGCAGCUUCUUCGAUCGUAUCUGCCCCAAGCGCUGCAUCCUCAGUGGCUUCGAGCGCAGGUUCAAGCUUGAGCUCUGUCGCUGCACGCUCCAGCACUUCCGCCUCCUCUUACUACCAGGAGCUCAGCUCCACGGUCGCCUCUGCAGCCGAAAGUGGCGCUUCAGCGGCUGCACAUGUGGCUUAUACCGGAGCUGAGAAGUUCUCGAGCGCUUCGUCUGCCGCAGCAUCAUUGGGAAGCCAAGGUAUUGAAUCGGCUUCCCAAGAUGUCAGUGCAGUGUCAUCUGCGGUUGUGGACGCGACGGAUUCUGUUGACGACGCCGCCUCAUCGGUGGCCUCGUCUGCGUUAUCGCUCGUGAGCGAAGCGACGUCGUCCAGUUCUUCGGUCGCGAUCGCCGUGACGGCAGACAGCACCGGCGACGAUCUUGAACUAGAUCCUGACUCCUUCCUUGCCGAUUUGGGUAUAUCGGACGACCUAUCCUCGCUCGAGGCCGAAGUGGACGAUUUGGAAGGAAACAGUCCAGCGCCGACGGCCCACGAGGAGACAGAGGAGGAAAAGGCCGAGAGAAUACGCCUGGAAGAAGAGCGAAAGGCGGAGAAAAAACGUCAAACGGCUGAGAAGCGCGCGAACAUCGAUAAACGGCAUACGCAAUGGGAGAAGGAUUUAGAGGCCCUCGUUAAAUCAUCGAAGAAGGAGCUGCGCAAGGCGCUCGUCGCUGUGCGCAAGGCCGCGGCGGCGGAGCUGAAGACGCAUCCAGAUAUUCAUGCUCGCAUCGAGGAGCUCGUGUCGGAGGCUGAGAAAAUGUUAAGGGGUGCGGAAGGGUAUCUGAAGAACCUAAAGAAAGAAAAGAGGAAAGACGAGGAGAAGUCCGCACUGUGGGACCGUGUCGUGGAGAAGGUCGAGGCUAAGUUCAUGCAAAAGCUUCGGGAGACCGAGGAUGUGGUUAACACGUGGUACGGAGGAGUCGAACAGAAGGAACUCCAUGAGGUCCGGCGCGUUACUGAAGAGGUUAAGAGCAUGGCCGGGAACGCGCAGGCUGACAUCGGUCUGGACUAUGUCUGGCUCGAUGACGUGACCUACACCGAUUGGCAGCGCUAUCAUGAUCUUGUGAGACGCAGCGAAAACUUUACCGCUCUUGCCUACUCUAUACAGAACGGCACUCACCCAUCUCCCCCGGCGAACCCGGUACUUGCCAGCCUACACGAGCUGGAGUCGGAUGUAGACGAUAUCGUAAAGGGCUUCGAAACGCGCCUUCGGCGGAUAAAACGCACGGGAGACCGCACUUUCCGCUCUGGCCAAACUGAGGACGCUCACGAGGACAGCGACAUACCCUCAGAGCCCGAAGUUUCAAUCCUUCCCGUUCCUGACGCAGGCCGCGCUGCGGAAGCUGUCAAAGAUGGCUCACCACCUAUCGUUAUUGGCCGAGGCAAACAGGAGGUGUUGGAUGCUCUCGGUAAGGUCGAAUCAGAAAGCGUUACGGACGCAUUACCGCGCAAGGAGGCGGAAGGUGGUGAUGAUGCCGUCCGGGCAAUAGUAGCACAGGCCGAAGAGGAGGGAGCGGCAUCGGAGCCUUUCCAUGGGGAGUUGUGACCCGAUGUAGGCGAGUACCUUCUUGGUACUUUCGCGUCCGCUUGGUCUUGAAACUUCUGACCCUCGGUUUCCGGCGCCGAAGUGAUGCGCCCGCCUUGGGAAAAGAGCUCCAUUUAUUCGUCUGCUCGAACAUAUUCGGACGUGCACGCCAGCUCCGACAGUCCUGUCCACACAAGAUGACCCCAGCUAUACAUGUGUUUAUUCGCGGCUGAUGUAUGUCAUGAUAUCAUUCGAAGUUUGUGCGUCUCCCUUGUCGUUACGUUACGUCUUCACUCCAGAACCCCG